CUUCCAUUCUCAUUACACAACUAUAAAAACCUCAAAAUCCGACAUAAAAAAGGCAGUUUUUUCUUGUGGGCGAGAGUAUACAUACAUACAUGUGAGUGGUGUCGUGCAUGCAUUUUGUGCACCUGUUCUGUUCUGAUUCUCCUCUCCUCUCCCCCCUUUGCAUGCACACGCGCUUUUUCUCUCUCUUCGCCCUCCCAUUCUCUCUUUCUCUCUCUAAACAUAUAGGUAGACGUACAUGUAUUUAUCCACAUCUGUGGCUUCUUCCGCUUGGUUUUGAUUUAAUUUAAUUUUUGGAAGCAGUAGAGCCGCCGCCGUGGGCCACCGACCGCCGCCGCCGCCUCUUGAUUUUACUCUGUUUUUUGGUUAGGGGUUGAAUCCGAGAUUUCCAGCAUAUGGGUUCUGUUUUUGAUUGAAGAUGUUCGCAUGCGGACGUUGCGUUUGGCAGAUUUGAAACAGAGUCCAAGAUUUGAAAUUCGGGAGAAAUGGGUUCGCAAAAUUGCAUGAACGAGGCUUGCCGCGGAACGACGUCGUCUGAGUGGAAGAAAGGCUGGACCUUGAAAUCAGGUGGAUUCGCCACGCUUUGUUACACCUGCGGAUCUGCCUAUGAGAAUUCGAUUUUCUGCGACAAAUUCCACGCGGAAGAAUCUGGUUGGCGGGAGUGUAAAAUAUGCGGGAAGAGGGUCCAUUGUGGAUGCAUUGUUUCUCGUUUUCUGCACGAGUACAUGGAUUAUGGCGGAGUUGGGUGCAUGAGCUGCGUAAAGCGUCUCGAAAUUCAUUCUAUGAAACCGAUUCAGAUUCCUAGCGAUAUUUCCAACGGCACAUUUCUCACAAACGGUAUAAGAGACACUCGUCCAAUAAUUGUCGAGAAUCGAAUCGACGACGACAAAUUCAGUACCGAGAGGCUACUGCAAUUGACCAAAGCUAUAGGAACCAGCGAUUUCAGUUCAGCAUUCCAGCAAUUUAAACAAGAAGAAUCCAUGCUCAAUAAAACGAGGCAAACGAACAAACGCCUACUUAAUCUCACACAAGAGUGUUCCCCGUCCACUUUUUUCAAAUCAGACAAUAACGGCAGACCAAAAGAUGCAAACGAAUCUAUAUUACCUCGUCCAUCUCUAAAUUUCUCUCUGACGCCUCCGAUUUUGCCUUACUCUGGUGGGGUCGUUGAUGGUAUUGAACUUAGCAAAAAUUCUCCCCAACAAGGGGGGCUUAAAGCACGUCAUAUUCUGCCGAAACCCCCCAAACCGAGCCCUAUAGAGUUAAAUAAAGGGAGCUUUUCACAAGCACGUGUUGCUAGGCCUCCGGCUGAAGGGCGGGGCCGUAAUCAGUUGCUUCCUCGGUACUGGCCGAAGAUCACAGAUCAAGAAUUGCAGCAAUUAUCUGGAGAUUUAAAAUCCACCAUUGUGCCUUUGUUCGAGAAAAUCCUGAGUGCCAGUGAUGCUGGCAGAAUCGGUCGCCUUGUGCUUCCUAAAGCAUGUGCCGAGGCUUAUUUCCCGCCUAUUAAUCAGUCGGAAGGUAUACCGAUAAAUAUUCAGGACAUAAAGGGAAAAGAGUGGUUGUUUCAGUUCCGAUUUUGGCCUAAUAAUAACAGCCGGAUGUAUGUAUUGGAGGGCGUAACCCCUUGCAUCCAAAAUAUGCAAGUACAAGCUGGCGACACAGUGAUAUUUAGUCGCAUAGAUCCUGGUGGUCAACUUGUCAUAGGCUGUCGAAAAGCAACAAACAUUUUCGAUUUGCAGGAUACACAGCCACUUGCCAUUACAAACGGCGAUUCUCCCGGCGAAACAUCGUUUUCCGGUGUGACCGACAAUAAUAUUUUUUCAAAUGGAGGUCGAACAUCUGAUGAUUCGCUUCAGCGGCAUAUGUCGACCACCUUGUCGGAGAAGAAAAAGGCUCGAAACAUUAAAAACAAGAGGCUUUUAAUGCACAACGAAGAUGCUAUGGAACUAAGAGUUACCUGGGAAGAAGCGCAAGAGUUGCUUCGUCCCACUCCAAAUGCCGAGCCAACUUUCGUCAUGAUCGAGGACCAUUUAUUUGAAGAAUUUCAAGAACCUCCGAUUUUUGGAAAGAGGACGAUUUUCACUUCCCGAAUUUCAGGGGAGCAGGAACAGCUGGCGCAGUGCGACAGUUGCUUAAAAUGGCGAAGAUUGCCGGUGCAUGCUCUUCUUUCCGGAAAGUGGACAUGUUCGGAGAAUACAUGGGACUCGAAAAGGUGUUCGUGUUAUGCUCCAGAGGAUAUAAACCCGAGAGAUCUGGAAUCUUGCAUCAGUGCUUACAAGGAUUCGAAGAAGCGAAAAGUUUCAGACAAGGCAUCCAACAAAGAAGGGGAGCCUUCAGGACUAGACGCACUGGCAACCGCAGCAGUACUGGGAGACAAUAACAACAACAUAGUAGGAGCAGAGUCUUCUUCGGUGGGGGCCGCCGCCACCACAAGGCAUCCACGUCACCGCCCGGGUUGCUCCUGCAUAGUCUGCAUCCAGCCGCCUAGCGGCAAGGGCAAGCACGAGCCCACUUGCAAGUGCAACGUCUGCCUGACCGUCAAACGCCGCUUCAAGACCCUCAUGAUGCGCAAGAAGAAACGGCAGUCCGACCGCGAGGCCGAGCUGGCUCUGCAGCUCAAGGCGGCGUCGGCUGCGGUGGAGGAGGAGGACGACAAGGCGGGCCCCGCCAAGAAUACCGGCGGGGGGCUAGAGAGAGAAGAUGCUGAGGAGAGAGAAACGGCGGAGUUGGACUUGAACUGCGAUCCACACCGGGAGGAGGAGGCUCUUCUUGCAGAAGCGGCAGGUAUAAGCCUGACGACUUUGAUGAACGCCGUUACUUCUCUACCGUUGGAUAUGGCGUAUGUGGGCCCACCCAAUGGGGCAGUAUCGACUGAAGAGAUUGAUGCUACUGUUGCUGCUGUUGAUGGAGAUUUGGCGGAGGGGAAUAAUCGGAAAGAUGGCCCCGGGGGUUUUAAUCCAAUAUAAUGCGUGUGUGUUUUCUUUUCUUUUUUUGGGUCGACUUUCGGAGCGUAUAUCUUUAUAUUAGUGAGACAACACAGUAAUGUUUUGUGGGGAAAGAGUUUUUCGAGUCGAUUUUGGUCCGACAUUUGUGGGUUUGUUUUGUGCUAAAACGGCUUAAAACAUUCGUAAUGCAACUCGAUACUUGGUUUUAGUUA